AUGGCAUCAACAGCAAAAGAUCCAAGGGUGAUUUCGGAACUUCAACAGAGCCACGUUCCCGUUCCAUGGUGUGAUGAAUACGAGAAGAUGAUUAGUGGGUUGAAGUCUGUUGAAAUCUGCGUCCCGGUUUGUGAUAUAAGGUUGACAGGUUCAUUCUGCAGCUUUUCAACAUCCAACUCUCCGGAAAUGCAGGAAUAUAAACUGGGAACGCUGAAGAAGUUGAAUGAGUUCAAUACUCUGACAAUCCCCGAAAACAGCACACUUGCAUCGUUAAAGCAACGGCGGAUGGCUGUAGCCAAAUCUAUGCUUGGCCAGAUAGGCGAGAGAGUAAAUAUUGAGCCGCCGUUUUUCGUCGGCUGGGGCUGCAAUGUAUUCAUUGGACACGGGGUUUAUAUCAAUCGCGAAGUAUCACUCUAUGACAACGCCCUCAUCCGAAUUGGCGACCGCGUCCUUAUUGGGCCGGGCGUGUGUAUUUGCACUGGGACUCACCAGACUGCGGCGAAAGACCGGCGAGCAGCGAGUGGUACGUCUUUUGCUCACCCGAUCAUCAUUGAGGCGGACUGCUGGAUCGGCGCACGAGCUACCAUACUAGACGGAGUGCGUAUUGGAGCAGGCACUACCAUUGCAGCUGGUGCUGUGGUCACGCAGGAUAUCGAAGCUGGAUGUCUGGCUGGCGGUGUGCCUGCGAAAGUUCUGCGAAGACUAUAG